AUGUGGAAGUGUUCGACGGUGUGGCUGCUUCUGGCGAUUCUCAUGGCUUGGGCCUCACCGAGCCUUGCGAUAAAACGAGCUGGCAAUUGGCGAGUCUGCGAGAGGACCGACCUAGGUCUAGGGUGCAGCUGCACGAGAGCUUCCGACUGUUACGAUUACACGAGAGACCGAGCGGGUUUCUGCGAUACGCGGAGCCGAGUCUGUACUUAUUGUCUUUACGGUCAGCACCUCGAGGGGAAUUUUUCCGCAGCCUUCCUCUCGGAGUCUCGUCAUCGUUGUGUUCAAAGUGAUUCAUGCGAGGAGAUCCUCAACGAAAGAGGUUUCCAGACCGAGGUUGAGUGCGUCGGCGGCCACUGCCACCGAGACGGCCAGAAAACCGACGAGCGUUGCAGCUGCAGAAGUGGAUACCGCUUCCGACGAAUGUGGGACAGUAGCCUCCGGUGCGCCGAUGACAACGAGUGCGAAAGUUGGGGCCGGCAGCACUGCGCUCGCUUGCAUUGCAUAAACACCGAGGGGAGUUUCGAGUGCGGAUGCCGGCCGGGCUAUCGGCUCGUCAACAACGGAACCAAAUACGAGCACUGUCAGGAGAUCGACGAGUGCGAAGAAGUGAUCGGAAUUUGCCCUCAGAGUUGCCGGAACGUGCCGGGAAGCUUCAACUGUACGUGCCAUCUCGGAUACACGUCCAUUCGGGAAGAUGGCAAGAUGAAGUGCGUCGACAUUGAUGAAUGUCAAGUGCUUGAUUCUUGUCAUCCUUUGACGACUUGUCACAAUACGAUCGGUUCAUUUUACUGCACCACUCCGGUGAAGGCUCCUGCCAGCUUCGGCGGUUGGGCCAUGACUCUGAUCCCCAUGUUUACGUGCAUCUUCAUCUUUGCUUUAUGCUGCAGAAAUCGAACUCUAGAGCAGGAGAUCCUGAGACUUUCGAGCGAAGACUUGGCAGAAAAAGGUCGCUACGAGGUGUCAGCCGAACAUGAGAAAAUCGGAGUCGACGAAUCAAGCUCUCCAUAA